AUGUCAGCCAGCCUCUUCUCAGCCCACCAGUACCCGGACCUGCUGGAUGAACUGCACGGCAGAGUCCCGCAAGUGCCCUUCCAGGAGCAGCUGCUGGGCGCCUCGGUGCUGGAUUUCGUGGCCGACCUCUCCCUGGGCUCUCCCCAGGCUCCAUCCCGGGCAGGGACGGGCCUGGGGUUCUGCGAGGUCACCUCCGUGUCCCCCUUUGAGGACAGAGCCCUGUCGCUUAGGGCGGGGAUGGCCCGGGGGCUGCCCCUGCCUGCCUUCGGAGAUGGAGAUCCUGAAGACGAGGAAGAAGAGGAAGAGGAGAGAAUGCACAGCACUUCCCUCCUAGAGAGACGCCGAAGAAAGCGGGUUAUCACCUAUGCCCAGCGCCAGGCUGCCAAUAUAAGGGAGAGGAAGAGGAUGUUCAACCUCAACGAGGCAUUUGAUCAGCUGAGGAAGAAGGUGCCCACCUUCGCCUACGAGAAGAGACUCUCCCGGAUAGAGACAUUACGCCUGGCCAUAGUGUACAUCUCCUUCAUGACUGAGCUCCUGGAUGGCUGCAGCAGGCAGAAGGCGGGUUAG